UCUGCGCAUGCGUGCCGCCAUAACCAGCCAGCCCCGGAAGUGGUUCCUUGCUAACGUGUGGAUGCUUGGUAGACACAAACGUAGCAAUGUUCCGGAGAAAACUGACUGCUUUAGAUUACCACAAUCCAAAUGGAUUUGACUGCUCCGACGAGACGCAGCUGAGGAACUGCAUCGUGUGGCUGGAGGACCAGAAGAUUCGGCACUACAAAAUUGAAGACAGGGGCAAUUUGAGAAACGUCCCAAGCUCAGACUGGCCCAAGGCUUACCACAAGUACCUGCAGGACGUGAACUGUCCGUUUGGACCUUCUGAGAGAGCGGAGGCUGUGGACUGGCUGCUGGGCCUGGCUGUGCGAUAUGAAUAUGGAGACAAUGUGAACAAGUACAGGAACUGUCGGCCACUGGACGCGUCCGGCAACGUCCGAGCGACGUCGGACCCUCUCGUCAACCUGGACAGUGACUCGCCAGACUUUAAAGCCGGCGUGGUCGCCCUGGCCAACAUUCUGAAGAUCCAACGGCAUGACGACUACCUGGUGAUGCUCAAGGCCGUUCGCAUCCUGGUCCAGGAGAGACUUUCACCAGAAGCCAUCGCCAAAGCCGACCAGAGCAGAGAGGGAGUCCCGGUCGCUUUAGAUCAGCACAUCCUGGGUUUUGACACAGGAGACGCCGCCAUGAACGAAGCGGCUCGGAUCUUGCGCCUGCUGCACAUCGAGGAGCUGCGGGAGCUUCAGACCAAGAUCAACGAAGCCAUCGUGGCGGUCCAGGCUGUCAUCGCUGACCCAAAAACGGACCACAGGCUGGGCAAAGUGGGCAGAUGAAGCUUGAGUUUGUACGUACGUACGUUAAGCGUCAUCACAGAUGACAUUUUCAUUGACAAAGUGAGACUUGGGACAAUUAUGCACACUCAAAGCUGAAAAUAAAAGGAGUCAAGCAGCAAAUCACAUUUUCCUCUUAUAAAUGUCACAUCUUUAGAAAGAGAAAAGAUUGGCGGAACGUGGAAGCGCAGCUGCUGUCAGUCUUAAAGGGAUAGUUGGGAUGAAGUUGUAUGACAUCCCCAUCAGCAGUGAAGUACAUCAACGGUGACUUUUCCCCCACGUUGUCCCGUGAGCCGAGUUCUGGUUGGUGUUCGGUGCUGAUGAAAGUAGUUCCGGCUAGUUGGUGGGGUCACUUGAGUAAAGCGUUUUGCUUCUCAAAACAAUGUGCGCUCAAAAGAGACAUUUGCAUCACAAAACAGUUUUCCACAAAAAAAGUCAGACCUCGCAGUCGACCUGCGUUGUUUUCUCUCCGUUGCUAGCGCUCCCACAAGGAGAGUUGGCCAAAGCUGCAUGCACUGCAGGAGGAAGCUGGCACAGGAAAACAAACCCGCCCAGCAGCGGCAUCAUAUUGUCCAUCAAAUCCGCAAAUGUGCCGCCACCCAAGCCCGCGGGGGAAAGCAGUCUGUCCGCCCUCUUUGCGGCCAACAGACUGUACCUCCUGCACAGAAGCUGCUUGAGUGCGUUGGAUUUACCCGUGCGUGGAGGUGCUCACAACAGGUGCAUGACACAGCGUGUGGACAUGUGGUCGAGAGCAACAAUGAUGGAGUCAUCCUUCGUGAUCCCUCUCAGGUGGAACAGCGCCUCGAUCUGCUGGAACCACAAAGCCGGGUCGAUCUGACAGAACUCUGGAAGCUGUGAAGUUGCGGCGACAAAAGGAGUUGGGGCGACAUGGCCGAAGAGGACUCGCACUCGUUCGCUGCUUGAAACAUGUUCAACGGGGGCACCAGUGUAGCAGUUGUGGUAAAACCCUACGACAGUUUUCUUUCCUUAUUGCUACUUCGCUUUAAAGUAGGGAUGCUAGUUACCUUGGGGGUACACGUCUUCUGUUUCAAGUGCGCUCACCUCCCACCUGACUACUCCAUUUAAAGUUGGUGACGAGGGUUCACUCUGCAUUUCUCUGUGCGCAGAGUGAACCGUCCUGUCAUUCAGCCUCUUUGUGGAGGCGGGACUACUAGUGAGUGGAUACAGGGUGCUAGCAGCAAAUUAGCUUCUUGAGAAAGCGUACGCUAACAUGAAUGGAGGCACAGAAGCGACGAUUUCUAAUGUGAACGCAACAGCCCCAGUGUGGGAAUAUUUCAGUUUUAAACAAUGAACACAGCGGAGCCUUCGUCCUUAUAGUCAACGCUGACUGAGGCGUUUGGUUGGCAAAGUAAAUGUAAACAAAACUGUGCAAAAUGGUGCGCGCUCAGUCUUGCUCGCUACAUUGCAAAAGACAUGAAACCCUUCCAUACGGUUAUACGGCGUACGUUUUAUGCCACAUAAUUGUGAUGUUUCCGUGAAGCAUUAAGAACAACAACGUGGUUUAUUGCAAACAUCUUUUACUGUCAACAGCGUGCAACUCAACCAACAACAUACGUACAGGCAACUUAAGAUAAUGUGGCUCACACAGGUACACUAUACUUGAGUACCAUCUAGUGCAGGGGUCACCAACGUGGUGCCCGCGGGGACCACAUGAGGUGCCCGCAAGCCUGCUUUUCAUUCAGGUUUUCAGUUAAUAAUGAAAGAAGAGUAGAAAGAAAUGCAUUCUGAAAUACAAAAUGUGAGUUGUGGACACCAGUAUUUUGUUCAUGUUCUGGUAAAACAAGCAUAUUGGCUUUGUUUGGGUUUAAAAUAAGCUCUGAAAAUAAAUGUUGCAAAAAUGAGUAACUCUUGGCCAUUUUCAUUUUGUAAAAGUAGCUCUCACAAGGAAAAACGUUGGUGACCCCUGAUCUAGUGGUUCAAAUGUGAAUUACACCUCUCGACAAUAAUUAAUGAAAAAAUUGUCUCAAAAAAUGUCGAUAAUGUCAAUUAUUAACAAUAAUUUGUAGCGCAAUUAUCGACCAGCAAAAUGUAUCAUGACCGGCCUACCUGGAAUACAUGUAAAUACGAUCAGAAAGACCAGUCAAAUUUAAAUAAGCUGGAACAGCCAAUAAGAAAUUCACCUUGUAUCAAAGAAGGCUCAGGGUGACACUCUUAAUUGUGCUACAAAUUAUCAACAAUAAUCGACAAUAUUGACAUUUUUUAGACUAUUUUUGCAUUGUCGUGAGGUGUCAUUCACAUUUGAACCACUAGAUGGUACUCAAGUAUAGUGCACCUGUGUACCUGACACAUUAGCUGCCUAUGUAGACCCUGUCUGUUAAGAAUAGAAAAAGACGGCAAUAAAAACACUACACACACACACACACACACACACACACACACAGUUAUGUAGUGCAUUGUUAAAGUAAUGUAGGGAGUGAUAUUUGAGCUAUUUGAGUAAAAUGCAAUGUUGCUGAUUGUCCUUCAACACGUCUUCUUUCACUCGGUCAUACAGAUCAGGAGUUGCUGCUUGUGACACGUACAUGUACUUUCUCCCAGGCAAUUUGUACUGUCUGUCAAACAUUUCUAACAAUUACGGAAGGUUGCGUUUCUUUUACAAUGUAGGGAGCGACACUGUGAGCGCGCACCAUUUUGCGCUGUCGUUUUAUAUUUACUUUGCCGAUCAAACGCCUCAGUAAGCGUUGACUGCCGGGACAAAGGCUCUGCUGCACGUCCACACUGGAUUUUGUGCCUUCAUUCAUAUUAGUGUUUGCUUGCUAACUGCUCGCACUGUGUGUAUCCACUCACUAGUAGCCCCCGCCUCCACAUACUGGGACAAAGGCUGAAUGGCUGACAGGAGGGUUCACUCUCUCCGUUCAUUCCAAUACAGAACCAUGUUGACUGAACCCUCUUGUCAUCCAGCCUGUGUGGUACAGCGAGACGAGGAAAAGGAACAGGCAUAUAUGCACGUCAAUUUAUUGAGGCUGUCAAAAUCGACCUUUUUUUUCGAUUUAUCGUGACAGGCCUAGACAAAAAGUAUUUGAUCUGAGAAGAGUGCCAUCAGUCUUUAUUGACAUAUGUCUAACAACAUUUUCAUCAUUGAUUGUCUUUCUUGCACAAAUAUGGAAUGACUUGAAUGCACAGCGUUAAAAAAAAACAACCAAAGUGACAACUUGGAUAACAAUUCAACAACACACGUCAUAUUGUCAUAUAAUGUCAUAUUUCACUUCUGACCUGCAAAGCUCCUUUUCAACCAGAGUAGAAAAUGUGUGAAUGCUGAAGGUGAACUAGAAUGCUGGGUGGAAAAUGUGGAAUUAAGGUAAAAGUGGGAAUCUUUGGAAUUGGGGUCAUUGUUAUGAUGCUGGAAUGCUUUCAGAGAGUCGAGAAAUGUAGGAAAAACGUGAUUAGUGGGAAUUUUUGAGCUGGAAAAUGUGGAAUUCUGGGACAGGCAGGACUGUUUUGAAAUGUGGAACAUCAAAGGUGUUUCCAGUGAGGGCCACGCAGCAAUAAUGGAAGGAUGCAACUCUGCCACUUUCAGAUUUCGUCAAAUAUGCUGAGAAGUGGAAAAAGCUCAACUUUUUUCUUCUCUGACGACUUUAUUCCCAGACUUUUUUUUUCUCAUAAAUUUUCCCCAAGCUAAUUUGAUCAAAAAUGUAAAUUUGAUUUUGUUUCUCAUAGUAAGACUUAAAAUAAAAUGCUUUCCUAUUUUGAGUAUAUAUUAUUAAUAUAUACAUACCAUUAUCACGUACAUAUAACAUGUAUAUGGAUGUAUAGGCAUAUAUUAAUAUUACAAGUACAUUUUUUUCUGGAAUAUUUCAACUAUAUGCAGCUUUUUUUCCUUAUUUAUUUUUCAACUGACGUAAUAUUCCGACUUAAUUUCUAUAACACUUGAACUUCAUCCCAAAGCUACUUUUCCAAAAAUAACAGUUUUGUUUCUCAUAUUACGACUUUAAACAAACACUGUAUUAUUUCUUUAAUAUUUCAACUCUGUGCUACUAAAAUGACAUUUUUCCUUGUAUUCUGAUUACAUUUUCGUAAAAGUUUGACUUUUUUCUUGUUACUAUGACUUUUCUGUAAAUAUUUUGACUUUAUUCUCGUAACUAUCUUGUAGUAAAUGUUCUUCUCAUAUUGUAACGUUACUCCCAUAUUUGGACUUUAUUCCCGUAGUAUAAUUUUUUUCCCCAAGCUCAUUUUGCUUUGUUUUUCAUAAUAUUACAAAUUUUAAAAUGAACAUGGCAUUUCAACUCUAUGCUACUAAAAUGACAUUUUUCUUCAUAACAUCACAAGUUUAUUCUCAUAAAAUUUCAUUUUUUUCCUCUUGAUAUUUUGACUUUAUUCUCGUAAAAAUUGCAGCUGUUUUUUGUGCAUUUCUGCUGUUUCUUUCCACUUUCUCCUUAUACAUUUUCGUCCCGUAAUGUUCUGACUUUAUUCCCAUAAAAUUAGAACUUUUCCCGCAACCUAAUUACAACUUUUGUUUACUUUAUUUCUCGUAUCACGACUUAAAAAAAAUGACUUUUUCGUGACUAUUUCAACUUUAUGCUAAUAAAACGACAUUUAUCCUCAUAACAUUAUGACGGAAUUCUCAUAACAUUUUUCUCAUUUGAAUAAACUUUUUUUUCUCAUAUUUUGAUUUGUUGUAAAACAACAGCUGUUUUACCCCAUUUCUGCUGUUUUUUUUUUUUUAAUUUUUCAA